UUACCUCUGUCUGUGGCUGCAAACGAAACAUCGCUUAAUGUCGCCCAACGACGUCAACGCGGAGCUACUUGAUACACAUUUUCUGCUCUCCUGAUUGUUUCGCCGCUUUCGUAGAGGAUUCCCGGAACGAAUGCGAGAUCUUUUGGUGCGAUGAUUCCCGAACUGUCCCCCAUGCCCUGGAAGUUCGUCGUUACGGUCGUAUCGGACCCUAUCCAGCUAGGACGUUCAUUCUAUAGCUGCUGUGUGCUGCCAGAUCGCUGUUGCUCACGAUAUGCACGAACGUUUGAACGUGGAGGGGGCGUGCAGGGCUUAGACGACGGUGCGGUGCGGGGAAGAUACGAUAAGUUAUCGGGCAUUGUGCGCUCGGCUGUGCUCGCAUUGCCAUUGCUCAUUCGAAGGUGCCACUUAUGUGGAGCAACCUUCAUUCGCUAUAGUCAUCCUCAACCCCCUCGAUUUUUGCCCGCUGGAGAGGACGAGCCUCUGACGGCACGGCUUCACAUCCCCUGCCACGGCCUCUGCGCUCGAGAGGAGCUGCCCACAAUGUCAAUUGCUUCCUACGCCUUCCUCAGCGAUAUAUAAGCCCCUGGACGACAUGACCAUGACCUCAACCGUCCAGUCUGUAUACUCUCGACAUCAUGUCUCAACCAAGUCCUUCUCUCCCCUCCGAGUCUUCCGCCUUCAUCACCACCUUCAACCCAACCAAGGCAUGGUGGAAGUCCGCGUGUAUCUACCAGAUAUACCCCAUCUCCUUCUUCGAUUCCAACGGCGACGGCAUCGGCGAUCUGCAAGGGAUCAUCGCCAAGCUCGACUAUCUCAAGGAGCUCGGCGUCGAUGUCAUCUGGCUCAGCCCGAUAUACAGGAGCCCGCUCGCGGACAUGGGCUACGACAUCUCGGACUACGAGGAUAUCGAUCCGAGGUUCGGCACGCUCCAAGACUGGGACGAGCUCGUCAAGGGCGUGCACGAACGUGGCAUGAAGCUUCUCAUGGAUCUCGUCGUGAACCACACCUCGGACGAGCACGCAUGGUUCAAGGAGUCGCGCUCGAGCAAGACGAACCCGAAGCGGGACUGGUACAUCUGGCGCGCCCCGCGGUACGACGAGCACGGGACCCGGAUGCCGCCGAACAACUGGGAGUCGAUCUUCCAGGGCUCCGCCUGGGAGUACGACGAGGCGACGGACGAGUACUACCUCCACCUCUUCGUCAAGGAGCAGCCGGACCUCAACUGGGAGAACCCCGACGUCCGCGAGGCCGUCUACCGCAUGAUGCGCUUCUGGCUCGACCGCGGCUGCGACGGCUUCCGCAUGGACGUCAUCAACAUGAUCUCCAAGGUGCCCGGCCUGCCUGACGCGCCUGUCCUGGAGCCGAUGAAGGAGUUCCAGUCCGCCAGUCUCAUGUACGCCAACGGCCCGCGCGCGCACGAGUUCCUGAGGGAGAUGAACGAAAAGGUGCUCUCGCGCUACGACAUCAUGACCGUCGGCGAGACGCCGUGCACGCACGACCCGGCGCAGAUCGCGGAGUACGUGCUGCCGCAGAGCCGGGAGCUCAACAUGGUCUUCCAGUUCGAGCUCAUGGACCUCGACCUCGGCGGGCCGGAGGCGGACGACGGCAGCGUCGAGUCGCUCUGCGCGCUCAUGCACAAGCCGUGGCGGCUCGCGGACCUGCGGCAGUGCGUCGCCAAGUGGCAGGGGCACAUGCGCGCCGCCGGCUACUGGAACGCGCUCUACAUCGAGAACCACGACCAGGCGCGGUCCGUGUCGCGCUUCGGCGACGACUCGGACGCGUGGCGCGCCCCGUCCGCGAAGCUGCUCGCCCUCCUCCAGACCGCGCAGAGCGGCACGCUGUUCGUGUACCAGGGCGAGGAGAUCGGCAUGAAGAACUUUCCCCGCACGUGGGGCCUCGAGGAGUACAAGGACGUCGCGACGCUCAACUUUUACAGGGAGGAGCUCGCGCGCCGCGCCAAAGCCGCAGGCACGCCGGAGGCGGCCGUCGACAUGAGCGACGUGCUCGACGGCUUCCAGAAGAAGGCGCGCGACCACGCGCGGACGCCGGUGCAGUGGAGCGACGCGGCGCACGCGGGCUUCACGACGGGCACGCCGUGGAUGCGGGUGAACGACGACUACGGGCGGGGGUGGAACGUCGCGGCGGAGGUGCGCGACGCGGACAGCGUCUGGAGCUUCUGGCGGCGCGCGCUCGCGCUGCGCCGGCACCACGACGUGCUCGUCUACGGCGACUUCCGGCUGCUCCUGCCCGACCACGACCAGGUCCUCGCAUUCACGCGCUCGCUGCACGGCGCGACGGCCCUCGUCGUGCUCAACUUCAGCGACAGGGACGCCGCGGUGCGCGUCGACCCGCCGUACGUCGACGUGACGAAGCUCGAGCCGGCGCUCACGAACUACACGGACGAGGAGGCGACGCGGCCCCUCGGCGGCCACGAUAUCAGGCUGCGCGGAUACGAAGGAAGGAUAUACCUCUGAUAGAUCGUUGACAAACCUGCAAUCGUCUAAUCGCUUAUUGUAUGCUGCAAGGACGCUUUUUUCAUUCAUGUUCUGGAUUUUGUAGCUCAUUCGCAAGAACCCUCUAGUAUACGUCUCCAUAGUAGUCUGUGCAUUUUACCAUAAAUCGCCUCUACUUGCUAUAUAGAAUUGACAGAUUUAAUGU